AUGGAAAAGGGAAGGCUGAGAAAAUACAAGAUCGAAAAGCGAACCCGCUGGCUGUACCUUGUGCAAUAUAACCGCGUCGCUCCGGACUUCCGUUACAACAACUCUGGAUACCGGGCUCGACGCAUUUCUUCAAGCCACACAUUUUGGGCAGAUUAUACGUAUCGCAGGAUCGGCAUGAGAAGGUGGGUGAUGAAAGCACGGUUGGACCGGUAUGACGAAGAGCUCGGCUUCCGGCCGCAUUGUCGGCAGUCUUGCAAGAUCCGAUCAAAUAUUGAAGAGCCGUCACACCAAUCGAACUACGAUGAUUGGUAUAAUUGGAAGCAAAGAGGUUUGAAUACCACGCGACCUUUGAAAAAGGUCCCACCAAUGGAGCUUUUCCACAACAGCAGCUUAGGAGUUGCCAUCAUGAGCCAUGAUGAUAGUGGACAAGAAGAAGAUGCUAGUUGUGUUCUUCAGUCUCACGACGUCCUGUGA